AUGUCCUUCGUUGCUGUGAUGACUGCGGCAGCAUUUUGGCUCGCUGCCUGGUAUUUCGCUGGCGCGGUCUUGAAGAAAUGGUUGAUGGACUAUGACACCGCCUUCCUUGGUGUCACAGUGUCCGUGGACCGCAUCGCACUAAACCCGUGGUUCGGCACCUUGCUGGUGACCAACCUGACAGUAGGCAAUCCGCCUGGCUACGGAUCUGCCCACCUAGCGUCCGUGGGGCGUCUCUUUGUGGACGUCGACAUGGGUGGCUUAGUGAAGUCACUGGGACAUAGGCUCACGGUGGACAAGGUUCACGUCCAGAAUGUGGAUGUGGUCUACGAGCGCUCGCUGUCGACCUCCAACGUGGAGGAUGUGCUCAAGCACUUGGGUGUGAUUCAAUCGUCCACUGGUGCUGCUAGUAGCCCUUCUGGGCCCAGCUGGCCAUUGGACUUUCGAAUACACCAGGUCAAUACCUCCGAUGUUUGGGUGCAUGUGGCUCGGCGGCUUGGGGUCUUCCUGAAUUUUUAG